AUGGGAGCCCCCCAGCUCCGCGGGACCCCCCUGCUCCCCGGCGACGACAGCAGAGACGAGGACUCCGGGGUGCUCCCCAAGAUCCCGCAGGCUCUGGAGAAGGUCCUGCAGUUCAAGGAGCUGGUGACGGUCCCGGCGGUCUCGGCAGAGGACGAGAUGGAGACGCAGCUGCAGGCGUGGGUGUCGGCCUCCGAGGCUGAGGAGGACAUAGAGACGUCCGAAAAGGAGCGGAACCAGAAGCGCCGCAACCGCAAGAAGACGAAGCGCGGGAGGCGCGAGGCCCGGGAGGUAACGCCGACCCCCGCCCGGUGGGACCCCGAGCACCUCCCCGGGGACGCCCCCGAGGUGGAGACCGAGUACGUGACCGAGGAGCCCGAGAUCUACGACCCCAACUUCGUGUUCUUCAAGAGCGUUUUCGAGGCUUUCAAGCUGACGGGCGACGUGAAUAAGAACAAGAAGGAGCCCGAGGGGGCAGAGAGCGCCACAGUCCCACUGAAAAAGGGACCCGAGGAUGGCACCAGGGGUAGCGACGGGGACAGCUCCGACGAUGAGCAGGAGAAGAAGCAGGAGGUUCCCAAGCUGUCCAAGAAGAAGCUGCGGCGCAUGAACAGGCUGACAGUAGCCGAGCUGAAGCAGCUGGUGGCCCGCCCUGACGUGGUGGAGAUGCACGAUGUGACCGCACAAGACCCCCAGCUGCUGGUGCACCUGAAGGGCAUGCGGAACUCGGUGCCGGUGCCGCGGCACUGGUGCUUCAAGAGGAAAUACCUGCAGGGCACGAGGGGCAUCGAGAAGCCGCCUUUCGAGCUGCCCGAGUUCAUCAAGCGCACGGGCAUCCAGGAGAUGCGCGAGGCUCUGAAGGAGAAGGAGGAGCAGAGGACGAUGAAGUCCAAGAUGCGGGAGAAGGUGCGGCCCAAGAUGGGUAAGAUCGACAUCGAUUACCAGAAACUCCAUGACGCCUUUUUCAAGUGGCAGACCAAGCCCAAGCUGACUAUCCACGGGGACCUCUACUACGAGGGGAAGGAGUUCGAGACGCGGCUGAAGGAGAAGAAGCCGGGCGACCUCUCGGACGAGCUGCGGAUCGCGCUGGGCAUGCCCGUGGGGCCGAACGCCCACAAGGUGCCCCCCGCGUGGCUGAUCGCCAUGCAGCGCUACGGACCCCCCCCUUCGUACCCCAACCUCAGAAUCCCGGGGCUCAACUCCCCCAUCCCCGAGGGCUGCUCGUUCGGGUACCGCGCUGGGGCCUGGGGGAAGCCCCCCGUGGACGAAGCAGGGAAGCCGCACUAUGGGGACGUAUUCGGCACCAACGCCGCCGAGUUCCAGGAGGAGGAGAAGAUCGACCGCACGCCCUGGGGGGAGCUGGAGCCGUCUGACGAGGAAUCCUCGGAGGAGGAUGAGGAGAGCGACGAAGAGAAACCCGACGAGACGGGGUUCAUCACCCCUGCCGACAGCGGGUUGAUUACCCCAGGGGGCUUCUCCUCGGUGCCAGCAGGGUUGGAGAGCCCGGAGCUGAUCGAGCUCCGCAAGAAGAAAAUCGAGGAGGCCAUGGACGGGAGCGAGAGGCCGCAGCUGUUCACGGUGGUCCCCGAAAAACGCACGGCAACCGUGGGCACAGCCAUGAUGGGCUCCGCUCACAUCUACGACGUGUCCGCGGUGAUGGGGCGCAAGGGGCCGGUGGCAAAGGCCCGGGGCGUGGAGGUGGCGCUGGCCCCCGAGGAGCUGGAGCUGGACCCCACGGCCAUGACACAGAAGUACGAGGAGCACGUGCGGGAGCAGCGGGAGCAGGUGGAGAAUGAUUUCAGAGACAUGGUGGCCGAGCAUGCCGCCAAGCAGAAGAAGCGAAAGGCUCAGACCCAGGACGCCCGCGGGGGCGGCAAGAAGUACAAGGAGUUCAAGUUUUAGAUGUCACUGCUGUCCCCUCGGUGUCACCUCACUGUCACUCACCCUGCACCGCCC